UCUCCCAACUUCCCAUUUUCAUCUCCCUCUAAUCACUCUUUCUCUUUCUCUCUCCUCUCAAUCUUCAUCUCCUGCAAUUGUUUCCUUAUUAUACCAAACAUUAAUCUGAAUUUUGUUACAAAAAUUCCAUCUCUUUCUCUUCAUUUUAUUCCUCAUAUAUCAGUACAAAAACAAAAAACAUGCCAAAUUCAAAAGAAACCCACAUAGUAGAAAUCCCAGUACACCAAGAAAACUAUCAAAAUCAACAAACAAAAACAGCAAUAAUAAUCCAACAACACCCAAUGAUGGAAAUCUCACAAAGUCCAGGUCAUCUCCUCCUCCUUAAACUAUGGCAAAGAGAAGAACUCCUCUUCACCCGUCGUAUCUUAUUAAACGAAACUAAAUUAGACCAUCUUCGUCGCGAGAUCUUCCAAUUAUGUUGUUAUUUCCUCGUCUUUCAUUCCUUUAUAACCACCCUACUCUUCACUUCUUCCUCCACGGGUGACGCUCAUUCGAGCGUCACCCGGUGUCACAAAUGGUGGGUACCAUCAAUAUUUGCGGCAGCAAGUUCAGGUGCUAUUGUUUUCUUGGUUCAAGUGAAGUUGUGGAGGUAUUGGAAGGUGACUGAAAGGUUGAGAAGAGAGAAAAAUGAUAGUAGAACACUUGGGAGAUCAAUUCAAGAAUUAAGGAUGAAAGGAGCUAGUUUUGAUUUGUCUAAGGCGAUGAAUUUUGUAAAUAGUAAAAAGGCUAAGAAAAGUUCUAGUGUUGAGAUUAAAUGGAAGCCUAAAAUUUGGUGUUCUAAUAAUUUAGUUACUUUUUGUUUAGUUUUAUUUGCAGGUCUUGCAUUUCCUGCUCCCAAAUUGUUUCUUUGCAUCAUCUAAUCUAAUUUGUGGGAAAUGCUGGAGAUUUGACAUUUUUGAAGUUGAGGAUGAAGCAUUAUGGUCGAAUUGACUAAUUUAACACAAUAAGUUAGAUAUAUUGUAAAAAAAAAUGCUUCAUACUUUAUUUAUCUUUAUUGAUGUCAAAUGGGAAAAUCUAGGGGUGGGUGCAAUUUAUAUAGUUAGAGCACCACUGCUUGUGUGCUAACAUUAUCUUUAGUGGGAUAAUUAGGCAAUUCAUCAAUUCUUUUAUUCAUCUAAUUUAGUGGAUAAUAAUGAGGAUAUACAAAAUUUUAUCAAUUCUUUUAUUGACAUGUUAUUACUUUAA